GCCGGCUCCGUCCGCCCGCCCUUCCCGGAUUCCGACAUGGCGGAGUAUUCCUGCGUCAAAUCCACCAAGCUCGUCCUCAAAGGGUCGAAAGAGAAGAGCAAGAAAAAGCACAAGGAAAAGAAAAGGAAAAGGGAAGAGGAUGCGGCUGAGCAGCUCGAUAUUGUUGGAAGCUGGUGGGCUGUCAGUAAUUUUGGUGAAAUUACAGGAACUAUAGCUAUAGAAAUGGAUAAAGGAGCUUACAUCCAUGCCCUCGACAAUGGCUUGUUUACACUUGGAGCACCACAUAAAGGUGAUGAAGGCCCCAGUCCUCCUGAGCAGUUUACAGCAGUUAAGUUAUCUGAUACAAGGAUUGCUCUCAAGUCUGGUUAUGGCAAAUACCUUGGUAUAAAUUCAGACGGGCUUGUUGUUGGACGUUCCGAUGCAAUAGGAUCAAGAGAGCAGUGGGAACCUGUCUUCCAAGAUAGGAAAAUGGCAUUACUAGCAGCAAACAGCCGUUUUAUCAGGUGUAAUGAAGAGGGGGACAUAGAAGCCAAAAGCAAAACUGCAGGGGAAGAAGAAAUGAUAAAGAUUCGUACUUGUGCUGAAAGAGAAGCUAAGAAGAAAGAUGAUGUUCCACAAGAAGACAAAGGAAACGUUAAACAGUGUGAAAUCAAUUACGUGAAGAAAUUCCAAAGUUUUCAAGACAAAAAGCUUAAAAUAAGCAAAGAAGAUACAAAAGCCCUUAGAAAAGCCAGAAAAGAAGGCACUUUUCAUGAAAUGCUACUUGACAGGAGAGCUAAAGUGAAAGCAGAUAGAUACUGCAAGUGACAUCCAGCUGGCCCAUUUUCUUCUGCAGCUUUGAUGGCAGCGUCAAAUUGAAAAAGAGUAAAAUAUUUUCUAGGUGUUUUUUAUUUAAAGCAUUUUUUAAGCAUCUUGAGGAAUUGUAUUAAAAUUUUCUCAAAUAUUAAUAACCCAGUUAUCUUGUUAACUGUAUAAUUUGUGAAUACUUGGCUUGUAUGAAGGUAAUGACUCCAACAAAAAUUAAAGGUAAAUCAAUUAAUAAUGGUAAGCUAUUUGCCAUGUAACUUAAGGCCUGGGAGACAGACUGUACCCUGAUUUAGUCCAGAGAGAAAGCUCCCUGGCUUUUAGUUGCCUUUAGGACAAAAUUUAGAAAUACAUAGAUUAUUGUAUGCAAA